AUGACUGGAAAUUCGAUAAAACUGGCUCUAGCUGAAGAGACGCAACAAACGGCCCCAUGGGUGCGUCAAGAGCACAAACCCACUUUGCACUUCCGACUCCAUCCCAAGGAAACUCGGUUGGAACAACGCCUCCGGACACCUGAAACGCUCGUUACCUAUCGUAAUCACCUGCCCGUCCGGAAGCUCGUAGCUCUUCUCCAACGACGAACUCGCCGACGCAGUACCCAUCUCCUGCUCAAAGUCAAGAGCAACAUAGCACAGUUUCUCCUUGAUAUCACGCACAAUCUCACGCUCGGCAGUCGUCGUGAAGCUGUACCCACGUUCCGUCAGGAUCUUCAUCAGGUAGUCCGUCAAAUCACGACCAGCAAGGUCCAAACGAAGUAUCGCAUGCGGCAACGCAUAGCCCUCGUAGAUCGGCACCGUAUGGGUCACACCAUCACCAGAAUCAAGCACAAUACCCGUAGUACGACCCGACGCGUACAGAGACAACACUGCCUGAAUGGCCACGUACAUUGCCGGAGCAUUGAAAGUCUCAAACAUUAUCUGCGUCAUCUUCUCACGGUUCGCCUUCGGAUUCAAAGGGGCCUCGGUCAACAGAACCGGGUGUUCCUCGGGGGCCACACGCAACUCGUUGUAGAAAGUGUGAUGCCAGAUCUUCUCCAUGUCGUCCCAGUUCGUCACAAUCCCGUGCUCAAUAGGGUACUUCAGCGUCAGAAUACCGCGUUUCGAUUGGGCCUCAUCACCCACAUAGCUGUCUUUCUGUCCCAUCCCAACCAUCACACCUUGAUGUCUCGGCCGUCCGACAAUCGAGGGGAACACAGCACGAGGGGCAUCGUCUCCGGCGAAUCCGGCCUUGCACAUACCCGACCCAUUGUCAAUCACCAGGGCUGCAACGUCCUCGUCACCCAUUAUUACGUCAAACAGAAGGGGCGCACAACUAACGGUGUAUCCGGUUUCAUAAUUCAACAACAACAACAACAACAACAACAACAACAACAACAACAACAACAACAACAACAACAACAACAACAACAACAACAACAACAACAACAACAACAACAACAACAACAACAACAACAACAACAACAACAACAACAACAACAACAACUCCAUCCCAAGGAAACUCGGUUGGAACAACGCCUCCGGACACCUGAAACGCUCGUUACCUAUCGUAAUCACCUGCCCGUCCGGAAGCUCGUAGCUCUUCUCCAACGACGAACUCGCCGACGCAGUACCCAUCUCCUGCUCAAAGUCAAGAGCAACAUAGCACAGUUUCUCCUUGAUAUCACGCACAAUCUCACGCUCGGCAGUCGUCGUGAAGCUGUACCCACGUUCCGUCAGGAUCUUCAUCAGUUUGCUCCACAGAUCCAAAGAUCGUCGUUGGACCGGAAAGUUUUGAUGAUCCCGCUAGCUGCACGGACCACAUGUUGUAACCAUGCUGGCAAGGCCAAAGGAGAUAAAAGAGAUGAAAAG